UUUGUUUCGUUAUACAGUGACGAGUGUUUACGCCGCGGCGUAUUGUAAUUUACAAAUUGGAUUGUAAAAGUAACUUGUUGUUGGAAUAUUAAUAAAACAAAACUCUACAAUAUCUUCAUUCACUAGGUCCAGUGUCAACGGAGGGUACUCCAGAAAAAAAUGGCAUCGACCACCGAGGAGACGCAACCGCAGGAGGAUUUAAACCUUGUUAUUUGAGACACAGAGUCGGACGGCGUCGACACGAUGCUGAAGGAACGAGAGAGCUCAGAGGGGUCCCCGUCCUCCCCCGAUGAAUGUGCGGGGUGCGGGGGGCGGAUACAGGACAGAUAUUACCUGCUGGCGGUGGAUAGGCAGUGGCACGGAGCCUGCUUGCGGUGCUGCGAGUGCCGCCUGCCCCUCGACACGGAGCUGACCUGCUUCUCCCGCGACGGGAAUAUCUACUGCAAAGAAGAUUACUACAGAUUGUUCUGCGUGAAACGAUGCGCGCGAUGCGGGAACGGGAUAACUGCUAACGAACUGGUCAUGCGUGCGAGGGAGAUGGUAUAUCACCUGACUUGCUUCACUUGCGUCGCGUGCGGCACUCUGCUGUCGAAAGGAGAUGUGUUUGGAAUGAGAGAUGGGCUAGUCUACUGUCGGCCACACUACGACAGCGCGUGCUUGGAUGAAUACUGCGACGAAGACGUCAACAGCGGUUAUAGGUGCCAAGACAUGAACAGUGAGGGAGAUUCGCCAUUGCAGUACUACGCUGGAGGGCCGAGCCCUAAGGGAAGACCACGCAAGAGAAAGGUGGCGCAAGGCUCCCCUGAAGACAUGCAAGUCCAAACCAUGAGGAUGGCCAGCACAGCCCUAGAACUUCUGCAUCGAGGAGACCUAUCUUCUUCCAUGGAGUCUCUUGCAUAUGACUCGUCGGUUGCAUCACCAGGCAGUGUAUCCAGCCACACCCAACGCACCAAACGUAUGAGAACCAGCUUCAAGCACCAUCAGCUCAGGACAAUGAAGUCCUACUUCGCUAUCAAUCAGAACCCCGAUGCUAAGGACCUGAAGCAACUGGCUCAGAAGACUGGAUUGUCCAAACGAGUUUUGCAGGUCUGGUUCCAGAACGCCAGAGCAAAAUGGCGUAGGAACAUAAUGCGUCAAGAGUCGAACCACGGACCGAUGACUCCGAAUGGAAAUCCUGCGCACACUGGGAACGGCAGCAUGAUCCCCGGGGUCAUCCCUCCUGGCGGCUCCAUGAUGCUUCAGGAGUCUCUGCAGCCGAUGGAUGAGAUGAGAGUCCACACCCCUCAUCCUCACCCCAUGGCUUUCAACGAGAUGUACUGACAGUAGAUGUUGAAGAAGCUAGUGUUUGUAGGUCGGCAAGGAUCUCGUCAAGGUACUUGAAUGACGUUAACAGGAGGGUACUGGUGUGCAUCAUCUCUGUAUAUCAACUGUAAAAAAAAAUUUUUCAUGGGAUACGGGGUUAGGGCGGUGUUAGUGUCGGACCUAAGGUUAGCCUCCUUAUUUUAGUAAGUAUGUAAUCGGAACCAAGGACGCUUUUAGAGUCAUGCGGAUUCGUUCACCAC